AAAAAAAAUACAGGUUUCUGUAGGUACAUAGGAAGUUAUCAUAAGCUGUUGAUAGAGGGCAGCACUUUCAAGAGGGCGUUCAAAAAAAAUAAUUGGAGCACAGAUUUUAAACAAAUUUUUCAUUUUCUACUAGCAGUAGUAAAAAAAAUUCUAUAUAUUCCUCGGUAGAGAAAGUCAUUAUAUACCUCACUCAUUAUAAACCUGGGCGCGAGCGCCUCGGUUUAUAAAAGCGCUCGGUAUAUAAGGACCAACUUCUCUACCUAGGUAUAUAAUAUACUAUUAUUUAAUACGGGAAUACAAAAAUUAUGUCAUUUAUUUCUAAAACUGGAUCAUUGGUAGGCCGGUAGGGGUCCAUAAUUUGAACUUUAUUAUUGUCGUCAACACUCGAGAAGUGAUCCAUAUGUUCCUGUGUCUGAGACCAUAAAUAAAUAAAUAAACAGGUUGUUUCGCGAAAACGCACCGGGACUGGAAUACGGUUCAGAAAUUCCCGAACAGAUCACCGGCUCGCGAAGAAAUUACCUUAGGUUUCCUAACCUAAAAAUUUGAAACAAAAAAAUAUAAAUAACUUGUCACUAUCUUGCCAAAAAAUACUUUCCCUUUCGAAUAAAUUUCCAAUUUCCCAGUGCUCAUAAGAAAUGAAAUCCGGUCCGGGUUUACCUUGACUUGCAAUAUAAUCUUUUGUGUGUUCAUCAACCGCAACUUGAUAAAAAUUUAUGCAGUGUCAUAGAUGAUUAUUAUUGCGCAAUUUACAUAUGUGUUUGUAUCGUAUAGAUAACCACUCUUUAGUAUUUAUAAUUGCCUCAUUCGACAGCGUAUUUAGUUCGCAGUCUACGGUUUAAAGUGUUCGAGUGCAAAAAUGGGUCUGCUCACAGAAGGUACACCAUUGACAUGGGAGGAAACGAAAAAAUUAGCCGAACACGUACGCGAACACGGAAUAAUUCAAUUUAUCAAUCUGUACAAGAGACUUAAAGAGAGGAAAGGUGACGUGCUUAAAUGGGGCGACGAAAUUGAAUAUAUCAUCAUUAAAUUCGACGAUGAAAACAAAAAAGCCAGAGUGAGUUUACGAGGCGAAGAAAUUCUGAAUGUACUUAAUCAGGAAGAACAAAAUCAUCCGGACACUGUUAAGUGUUUGUGGAGACCGGAGUUUGCUGCUUACAUGAUCGAAGGGACUCCAGGGCAGCCCUACGGUGGUACACUUGCACAUUUCAAUGUUGUCGAGUCUAAUAUGAAGUUGAGGAAGCAGGAGGCCACUGAACUGUUGAAAGAUAAGGAGUAUUUGAUGUCCCUCACUAGUUUUCCUAGGUUGGGCUGUCCAGAUUUUACAGAUCCACCGACAAAGGCCACUCCAAACGAAGGUGGAACCAAGUCACUAUUUUUUCCUGACGGCGCUGUUUUCGGUGGACAUCCGAGGUUCAUGAAUUUGGUACGCAACAUUAGAAAGAGACGCGGCGAACAUGUGGCCAUCAACUUACCAAUUUUCAGGGAUAAAAACACAAAAAUUCCAGUGGACGACUCCCACACAAUUCGGAAAGCGGCUUUGCCCGAUUGCGUCUACCUGGACGCCAUGGGAUUCGGCAUGGGCUGCUGUUGUCUACAAUUAACAUUCCAGGCUUGUAAUAUCGACGAGGCCAGAACCUUGUACGAUCAACUUACUCCGUUGUGUCCUAUAAUGUUAGCAUUUACGGCAGCAUCGCCAGUCCAUCGAGGUUUCCUGACGGACGUCGACUGUCGGUGGAAUGUGAUAUCCGGUUCGGUCGACUGUCGAACCGAAGAAGAACGAGGCCUCAAACCCCUAAAGGAGAACAAAUUUGUGAUAAAUAAAUCACGGUACGAUUCCAUCGAUUCGUACCUGUCGACGCAAGGCGCCAAGUACAAUGACAUUGCAGUAUUAUACAACGAGGAAGACUACAAGAAGUUGAGGGACAACGGGAUCGAUCAUCUGCUGGCCCAGCAUGUCGCCCAUUUGUUUAUAAGGGAUACAGUUUCGUUGUUUUCGGAGAAGAUUUAUCAGAAUGAUGAAGAGGAUACUGAUCAUUUUGAGAACAUCCAGUCGACCAAUUGGCAAACGAUGCGAUUCAAACCGCCUCCUCCUCACUCAACCAUUGGUUGGAGGGUCGAAUUUAGACCGUGCGAAGUUCAAGUAACCGACUUUGAGAAUGCAGCUAUCGUCUGUUUUGUUGUCUUACUCACCCGCGUCAUUUUAUCUUACCAAUUGAAUUUCCUCAUACCUAUCAGCAAGGUGGAUGAAAACAUGCGAAAUGCUCAAAAACGCAACGCGUGUAAAGAACAAAAAUUCUGGUUCCGUAAAGAUAUCACCACUGAUGUGAGUCCGCCGGAAGCGAAUCGAUGUUGUGCUGGUUCCAACUGUCAACCGAAAGAGUGCGACAUGGUGGGAUUUAUGACGGUUAAUGAUAUUGUAAAUGGCAAGCAUGGUGAUUUCCCAGGUUUAAUUCCUUUAAUCAGCAGUUACCUGAAUGGCAUGGACGUUGACGCAGACACACACUGUACAAUCCAACAAUAUCUGAAAUUUAUUCAAAAAAGGGCGUCCGGAGAAGUUUUAACCACAGCUGCAUUUAUUAGGAAAUUUGUCAUGGAACAUCCGAAUUACAAUCAUGAUUCUGUGGUAUCCGAAAUAAUAAACUACGACCUAUUGACGACUUUAAAAGACAUUUCCGAUGGAAACAAAUCUUGCCCAGAACUACUCGGAUACAGCGUAACAACAAAGACUAAAGAAAAUGUACCUCAAGCCUUGAAAAAUGAUUUUUGAUUUUUCAAUAAAUUUAUAAAUUUUAAUGGAUAUUUUACACGUCUUUUUUUAAGAAUUGCCUGUUUUGUAGAGUUUAUGUUAAUUGUUUUUGAAAAAUAAAAGUUCAGCGGUGUUGUUUUUUUUUUA